UAAAAUACACUAAGUACCUAUAUAUCAUGUUAAAUAAACAUUUUUACUUUACUGUUUUUACAGCCUUUUGAUCAAGGAAGAAUUCAGAAAAUUUUCCAUGCUAUAUGCAACCGACUUCACACACUUAACAGAUUCUCUUCUAAAGCUGCUAAAUACUGAUGAGAAAUCUCUGUGAUAACUCUUAAUGACUUUUGUUAAAACUCUAUGGUAGAGUGUUCUGUUCUGUGGCUGAUGAAAAGUUUUUGGUGCAAAAUGUGAAGAUGGCCAGAUGACAUAGUCUUCAAAAUUGUGUAUUGAAUAUUUGUGCUGGUAUAGUCUAUAUAUGUUGUGCUUCUAUUAGCUCUUGACACUGAAUAGAAGUUGGCUGCCCAUUAUUUUUCUUCCCAAAUAAGGGAAUUCAAGGAAUGUAAAUAGAUUCCUUGACAGUAUUUGGUCCAUCUCAGUGGUUUAUGUAAAAUUUAUAUUAAGUACCUUGGAAACAUUGUAGAAAAAGGAAAAUUUCUAUUUUUUAGAAUUAUCUAUAUCUUAUACCUAAAGAUAUCUAUCAGUUGAUACCCAAAAUUGAGGAAAUCUGUACAUAAUUUUAAAAUUCAAAUUGUUUUGAAACCCUGAGGAGGCGUUUGAACUUUCAAAUCGAGACAGCUUUCUUAGUUUCCUGAAACCAAUCACCCCUUUAACACUUAUCUGUGCAAGACUGAUGACUAAAAAUAAUUUGUCACCAUGUAUGUUAAUUUAACUAACAGUAGAUACAAGAUUGAAAUAACAGUACAGAUUUAUGCUAAAGUAAAUAUUAACAGAUUGAUAAUGUUAGAAACCACGUAAUCCUCUAGGGGUACAUGUUCAUGUGUCUGUGUGUGUGUAAUUCAGAAAGGAGUGGGUAAUAUCUGUCUCUUGACCUUGCUCCUACUCUCUAACUAGGGUCACUUUAACCCACAGGCUGGUCACCCUCCCUAACCCCUUUGCUAAUGAGUGGUGGUCCUGCCCCCCUGGCUGGCAGGCCCACCCUUCUUCAGCAAGCUGCUGCCCAGGGAAAUGUCACUUUAUUAUCAAUGCUGCUUAAUGAAGAAGGACUGGACAUAAAUUACUCCUGUGAAGAUGGCCAUUCUGCCUUGUAUUCUGCUGCUAAGGAUGGACAUACAGACUGUGUGAGAUUGCUGCUGAAUGCAGAAGCCCAAGUCAAUGCUGCUGAUAAAAAUGGCUUCACACCCUUGUGUGCUGCAGCUGCUCAGGGACAUUUCAAGUGUGUAGAAUUAUUAAUUGCAUAUGAUGCUAAUAUUAAUCAUGCUGCUGAUGGAGGACAGACACCUCUAUACCUGGCCUGUAAAAAUGGAAAUAACGAAUGUAUUAAACUCUUGUUGGAAGCUGGAACUGACCGAAGUGUAAAAACCAGAGAUGGCUGGACACCAGUUCAUGCAGCUGUGGACACUGGUAAUGUGGACAGCCUCAAGCUUCUCAUGUACCAUAGGGCCCCAGCUCGUGGAAACUCGUUGCACGAGGAGCCCGAGUCAGGCGUCUUUGACUUGGACGGAGGAGAAGAGAGUCGUGAGGGCACAUCCAAGCCUGUUGUUCCUGCAGACCUCAUCAACCACGCCAACAGCAAAGGCUGGACUGCUGCCCAUAUUGCUGCUUCAAAAGGUUUUAAGAACUGCCUACAAGUCUUGUGUAGGCAUGGAGGGCUGGAGCCAGAAAAAAGAGAUAAGUGUAAUCGGACUGCACAUGAUGUCGCCACUGACGACUGCAAGCACCUGCUGGAGAAUCUGAAUGCUCUUAAAAUACCCUUAAGGAUUUCAGUGGGUGAGAUUCAACCAGGCAACUACGGUGCCGACGAUUUUGAAUGUGAAAACACAAUAUGUGCUUUAAAUAUUCGCAAACAGACAUCAUGGGAUGAUUUUUCAAAAGCAGUGAGUCAAGCUCUGACAAAUCAUUUCCAAGCAAUCUCUUCUGAUGGAUGGUGGAGUCUGGAAGACGUGACGUUUAAUAGCACCACUGACUCUAGCAUUGGCCUCGGUGCAAGCAGCGUGCGAUCCAUCACGCUAGGAAAUGUGCCGUGGUCAGCAGGUCAGAGCUUCACCCAGUCCCCGUGGGACUUUAUGAGAACGAAUAAAGCAGAGCAGGUCACUGCGCUUUUGUCAGGGCCGCAGGAAGGCUGCCUCAGUAGCGUGACCUAUGCCUCUAUGAUCCCUCUGCAGAUGCUACAGAACUACCUCAGGCUGGUCGAGCAAUAUCAUAAUGUCAUUUUCCACGGCCCAGAAGGAAGCUUGCAAGACUACAUAGCCCAUCAGCUUGCACUCUGCAUGAAGCACAGACAAAUGGCUGCAGGAUUCCCCUGCGAAAUAGUGAGAGCUGAAGUGGAUACUGGUUUCUCCAAGGACCAGCUAGUAGAUCUGUUCAUCAGUAGCGCAUGUCUGAUCCCAGUGAAACAAUCUCCUGCUAACAAGAAAAUCAUCAUCAUCUUAGAGAAUUUGGAAAAAUCUUCAUUGUCUGAGUUACUGGGGGACUUUCUGGGACCUCUGGAAAAUCGCAGCACUGAAAGCCCCUGUACUUUCCAAAAAGGAAACAGAACGUCCGAAUGUUAUUACUUUCAUGAGAACUGCUUUUUGUUGGGAACCAUUGCCAAGGCCUGUCUCCAGGGCUCCGACUUGCUGGUGCAGCAGCAUUUCCGCUGGGUACAGCUGCGGUGGGAUGGCGAGCCCAUGCAGGGGCUGCUGCAGAGGUUCCUAAGGAGGAAAGUCGUGAAUAAGUUCAGGGGUCAGGUGCCCUCUCCCUGCGACCCCGUGUGCAAGACGGUCGACUGGGCCCUGGCUGUCUGGCGCCAGCUCAACUCGUGCCUGGCCCGCUUGGGCACACCGGAAGCACUUCUUGGGCCAAAGUAUUUCCUGUCUUGUCCUGUAAUCCCAGGGCACGCCCAAGCGACAGUGAAGUGGAUGUCUAAGCUGUGGAAUGCUGUCAUUGCACCCAGAGUUCAAGAAGCAAUAUUGUCAAGAGCCUCUGUGAAAAGACAACCCAGCCGUGGGCAAACAACUAAAAACCCUAGCCAGGGACAGCAGGCUGUGGUUAGAGCUGCUCUCAGCAUCUUGCUUAAUAAAGCUGUUCUGCAUGGCUGUCCCCUCCAGAGAGCAGAGCUAGACCAGCAUACAGCUGAUUUCAAAGGAGGAAGUUUCCCUUUAUCCAUAGUUUCAAGUUACAACAGUUGCAGCAAGAAGAAAGAGAGUGGUGCCUGGAGAAAGGUGAGCACCAGUCCUCGCAAGAAGUCUGGCCGGUUCUCUUCACCCACCUGGAACAAGCCGGACCUGAGUGAGGAAGGUAUCAAAAAUAAGACGAUGUUACAGCUGAACUGUGACAGGAAUGCUGCUCUGUCAAAACAAAAGUCUCUAGAGAAUGAUCUAUCUUUGGCGUUGAAUUUGGAUCAAAGACUCUCUCUGGGUUCGGAUGAUGAAGCGGACCUUGUCACGGAACUUCAGAGCAUGUGCUCCAGCAAGUCUGAAUCUGAUAUAAGCAAGAUUGCUGAUUCCGGGGAUGAGUUAGGGAGGUUUGAUCGUUCAGGAAACCACCCUGCAUUUUCAGCAACUGUUAAUAAGCCAAGAAUGCCAGUGUCACAAAAGGAGGUCAGUCCUCUCAGCAGCCAUCAAGCGACCGAAUGCAGCAACAGUAAAUCAAAGACUGAGUUGGGUGUUUCAAGAGUUAAAUCUUUUCUUCCUGUUCCUAGAAGUAAAGUCACCCAGUGUUCCCAGAACACCAAAAGAAGCAGCAGCAGCAGUAAUACAAGGCAAAUAGAAAUAAACAAUUCAAAAGAAGAUUUGAAACUUACACAAAAAUGAACAAGUAGAAAAACCUAACAAAUAGGCCUGCCUACAAUAUUCUCAUUCUUCUGUAUAUUUCACACAGAAACCAAGGACAAGAUGUAAAUACCUUUAAAUGAAUCACAUGUUUUCACUGCAAUAUAAAGUAUGAGUGCAGGACCACUAUUCAGUUUUUUGUAAAGUGUAUUUAUAAUCAACAUUUAGGGUUUUUUUUUUUCAGUUCUGUAGGAUUGAACUGCAAUACCAAGAAGUUAUACCCACUUUUCAAGUAGUUUUAUAAUAGAAAAGUCAUAAUAGUUUUACUCAAGAUGUUCAGGGGUAUUAAAACAACUGUCUGUGUACUGUAUAUCUAUAUAUAUGUAUAUAUGUAGAUUUAAGAAAGCCUGAAUCAUUGCAUACUACAUGUAUGCAACAUUGGCUUAGAUAACAAGUACCAUUUUAAAGAGAUCAUAAUUUUAUGUUCACUUGAUGAGAAAUGACUAGAAUGGGGCAAUAACAAAUCAUUUCUCAACAGUUACUUUUCUUAAAAGCCAUAUUAAGUAUUUUUAAGUAUUUUGCCUGUUAAAAUUCUAGUUUCCAGUUUUAAAUCUUUUAAUGGUUGCAUCAUGUAUAUUUAUGCUUAUGAAUUUGCAUUAUUGACUCCUGUAAAAUAUGAAAUUAUAUAAUGCAAUAAAAAGUGUUAUCUUUCUUAACAAAAGUUUUAUACCUAAGUGGAUAUAAAGAAGUAAAUGCUUCAAUAAAUGAGACUUAACUCCUCUUCAAUUCUAGUGGCACAAUGGAUAAUAUUUUCUAGAUGGUUUGUUUCACUAAUGAAAUGACUUAACUCAAAAAUUUAAUAUGCCUUGACACCAAAUAAAAUAUUGAA